UUGAUAGUCUCCUUUCAAGAUUUUUUUCUCCGUAAACAAGUAUAUCUUAAGAUAACAACGAUGAAAGCUCCUACAAGGUACUGCCUUCCCUGACCCUCCAAAAUGGCUCCGACCACCUCAAAGACGAGUAAUGCACUCUGCAAAAAGUGCAACAAGAAAGUUUUCACCCCCAUUACAUGUGUCCAGUGGUCCUGUGAAUUCCACCCAACGUGUGCCAAAAGUCUGAACGAUGGUAAGCCUGUUAACUCUUCGACAUUUACUUGCACGUCGUGUAAAAACCCCUCAACGAAACUGGCCGGAGUGGAUUACCAGCUACUUCUAAAACAGAAAGAUGAAGUUAUACAAUUUAAGGAUCUUUUGAUUAAAACUAAAGACGAGAUGAUCGAGCAAUUACGUAAUCAAAUAGAGUUGCUGAAACAGAUGAAAACAAACUCUGAUGCUAAAAGCGAAAUUUCUGAGACGACCGACGGCGCGACGUCGAAACCCUUCGAAGAAAAAAAGGAAGAGACUAGGAAGGAAGAGACUAGGAGGGUAGAUCCCGUGGAUAAGUCGAUUUGAGUAUUUAUCCAGAAAUGGGUAAAUUACCGAUCAAACGACGUGGGCAGUUUGUAACAGAUAACAAAGAUAAGAACGAGAAUUCAGCGAAGCAUACGUGACUUGAUGCACGGAUGAAAAUAAGCCGUUAAGUUUAUCAAACUAUUACGUCAAUUCAAUUGGAUCUAGAGACCUCAAGAUUAUUUCAAAUGCUUUCAAAACCAAAACACCAAUGGUUCGCAGGAUUCCUUUAACUUCUUUGAACAAAAAAGGAGUGCAUCGACCCAGGGACGCACGGAUGGAGUUUCAACUCUGCGUUGUCAAGUUAUAUAAAUUAAACACGUAUACGAAGUCAUUAAUUUUCUCAUGCUUUCAUUAAUUCAUUUGAUUGAGUAUAUUUUAUACAUUGAAAUUCCAUAAUAGGGUACUGCAGAAACAACCUAUAAAACACAGGAAAUUAAUCAUUUUGUCCCAUUCAUAGAGCAUUUACCAGUUCCAAUGAGUUAAUAAUUAGUUAUAGGUGUAGAAAAUCAUCGGUUUACUUAUCAGUGUUAUUUUUAUAGAACUGUUCCUGUGCUUAGUAACAAUAUAUUGUUUGUUAAAUAUAAUUUUUAACCAUCGCAUCAUAUUAUGUCACGUUUAGUAAUAUUAGGUUUACCAACACAAAUCUUGCGCUCCCAACGGUCCUUUUUGUCAUAUUUCGUGUUCGCUUCACUCCCAUGCAUUUGUUAUGGAGAAUUCAAAGGCUGUCGUAACUCUAUUAUCUCUGGUCAAACGAACAGAAGGGGUUCAAAUUAAUCAGUACUAAUUUCUAAUUGGAUCUGGGUGUAAUAGUAAACUCAGAAUUGACAUGGAGUGAUCACAUCGUGAGUGUCAUUAAAAGAGCAAAUUCCUUGGGUAUUUCUUACAAAGAUCUUUUAUAAAACCAAGUGUAAGCACCACGUUAAAGUUGUAUAAAAAUUUUAACGUUUGGUGGCCUGUGCUUAUUGGAGAUCAAAAUACUUAGUUUGGAGUCAGUACAACAAAGAAUGACUCGUCUUCCCUAUGGUAACAACCCUUUCCGACCGUCUUAUUCUGAGCGUCUUAUCAUAAUGUCGCUACCCACAUUGAAGGACAGAAGAAUUCGAGGGGAUGUAAUUUUCACCUUCAAAUCGUUGAGGCUCGAGAAUCCAUCGAUGCAGGAUUUAUUUACCUUAUGCCCAUAUUCCAGAACUAGAGGUCAUUGCUUCAAACUGAAAAAAAGAACUUUCGCACAACUGUAAGACAGCAUUUCGUAACAGAGUGUUUGACACUUGGAACAAGUUGCCGGAGGAAGUCCUAAUGUUAAUGUUUUUAAAUCUAGAUUUGACAGUUUAUAGAAUUGUUAACAUAUUGUUGUAAUUGUACAGUUCUGUGGGCAUAACAAAGCUUGCCCUCUGCCCUUUAUCUUUUAUUAAUAAUAAUAAUAAUAAUAAUAAUAAAACUGGGCUGAAGUCAAUAUUUACUGAAAAAAUACCAAACUAGUUUAUGAAUUAGAUUUUGCAAUUUUACCUUUUAUACACCGCACUGAAAUAUUUCGCAAAACCACUUUAAGAAAUUAAAAUAAAUUAAUAUUUCAGGGUGGCCGGGUUUUUUUGCCCGUCAGUGUGUUUAUUGUAUUUGAUUAUUUUUAUACUGUCUGUGCUAACAUGUAUUAAAUUGUAUAAAUGAGCCACUCAGUGGUCAAAGUUAUUAAACGUUCUAUUCGUGGGUUUUUAGGCCACUUCGCCAAAAGCUCUAUUUAUUUAUUUCCAACCAACUUUUAUUUUGAACAUAAUCCGUU